AAAACGUAACCCCUCUCCCUCUUCAAAUUUCAGCAACCAAAACUGAGCAACAUACACAGAACAUGAAUUUUCGGUAUGAUUUAAUUUUGUAUUGUAGCCUAAUGAUGUUUUUAGUAGUUAUAUUGUUAUAUGAAUUACUUAUUGUAGCAAAUAUGUUAUGUUAGUUGGGGAAUUUAUGCUGUUGUUAGUUAGUUGAAUUUAUGUUAUGUAAGUUAUGAGAUGGAGUAAUAUUAGUCGUACAAUAUGGUUUUGGUUAAUUUUACUGGAAUUAAGCUAAUAGUUACUUAUUGUAAAUUGUAGAUAUGGGUAAAUUCAAGAAAUUUCAGCUUAUUAUUCGGUAGAAUGGAAGGGUGACAAACUCUAACAUAGGGAUUGAUUAUGAGGACGGUGAAUCCACUAUGCUGAAAAUUGAGUUGCGAUUCAAUUUUCAAGAACUCUGUGAUAUUUGUGCAGAUAGGGUUUGUACGAACGGGCAAACGAGACUUGGUAAAUUUAGUUACCGGUAUCCAGACGUGAGUGCUGGCGGGGUUGUGUACCAAGAAGUUGUCAUAAACGAUGAUGACGCGGUGACGAUGAUGUUACAGUUCCUAAGCGAUAACGGGAUGCGGCUUGCAGAGGUGUAUGUUGAGACCGAGGCGGUCGCUGAAACUCAUUCUCACCGGUAUUCUUAUGAUGAUGAUUUUGCAGGAGGUUACAGAUGGGGUGGUAGUUCGAGCAACUACGAAGGAGGUGGUUAUACAGGAGGUUACGGAGAGGGUGGUAGUUCAAGAAUCGAUCGGGUAGGUGCCACUCCAAGAUGUGCCAGCAGAUCAAUGGCAUCUUGCACAACCACGUCCCGUGAUCCUAGGGGUGUCUCAAAUAAUACAGCUCGACUACUUCACGUGGAUAUGAGUCCCAUGUAACUUAUACUCAUUCAUAAUUUGCAAUUAGCGAACAUUUACAUUGAAAAAAUUUAAAUUGUUAAAAUAUGAUAAAGCAUGAUUACCUGGUUCCACCAAGGCUUAUCUAACUCAGAACGAUAAAACAGUAAAGAGUGC